AUGUCCUUGUCCUUGACCAACGACAAGCUAACCACCCUACGUGUUGCGCCGCUCACAAACAAUCCCCUCUUCUGCACCGGAACAGCGCCUCUCGCAUCCCAUUCUCGAGUGUUGUUCUAUCAAGACGCAGAGAGUACAGGAGCCAAGUACGUUUCUUGGUCAUUGUUGCUGUCUACUGCACGAGCUGACGACGGUAGUUGGCUAGACUUUUCAGAUGUUAGUGAUGUGCAGCUUGAGAUGCUCAUGAAGGCCUGUGAUGAGCAUGGGACGAUAGAGAGAACGAGGUUCUUGACGUCGUUUGAUGUGUAUGAUACAACUCGCGGUAACGAUGGCUCCGGGCUUCUCAGAGGCCAUGACAAUGCUACGGCACUCAUUGCCAGUCUUUUGUUGGCAAAGCUGUAUUGUGGGGCUGAUCAAAUGUCAGACGAGGCUUGGAUGAGACACCCGCCUGUUCACCACGCGAGUCAAUUCGGCAAGUUGUUUCAUCCCCCAGACAUGCAUAUAUGCACCCAUUUGGGGUCGGCACUUAUAGGUUUCAUUGCCAUUCAAGCGCGCCAUGGAUUGCUCAAGUUGCCCUGGCGUUACCCAGAAAAAUUAUAUCUCGGACCACAUCUCACACCAGCCAAUCUAUGUGUUUUGUUUAACACGCAUUACGACGUCAGUCCCUGUAUCGUUCAGCCAAGGUUGUAUGGAAAGGGUCAGCUAGUAUGUCCUAGUAUGGCCUCGUAUGGCGCCAGGAUCUCGGAUAGCCAUGCAAGAAAUUGGUACCAUGCAAGGCCUAUCACCCGGGAUGGUGGUUAUUAUUAUCCAUUGGGUGUCAUCAGCAUCACUGAGUUGAGUGGGGAUUGGGUUAUUGUUAUGUCCUUAUAA